AUGCAUUCUCCGACACUGCUCCUCGCCGCCGCCGCCGCCACGACAACCAACAUCCUCGCCGCCGCCCUCCCGGCCGACGGCAGCCUCUCGUCCCCGGUCGGCGCCUUCAGCGUGGCGCGGCCCGGUACCGUCGCCGACGUGGUGGUGACGCAGAAGAACACGCUCAACGGGAGCUAUCACGACUCGCAGACCAAGAUUGUCCACGCCGCCCCGUUGGCCCGAGCGGUGGCCGUCGCCGACGACGUGGUGCUGACGCCGAGGAGGACGCUCAACGGGAGCGACGACGACUCUCGGACCGAGGUCGUCCACGCGGCCCGGCUGACGCGAGCGGUGUCCGUCGCCGUCAAGCGGCCGACGUACCUCCCCAUCGACUUUGUCAACAACUUCGCCGGCGGAGCCGUCAACGCCUACAUCACCGGCCUCGACCUCAACAACAGGGUCGUCUUCGUCGACCGGAACGGAGCCCUCGUCUACCCGAGCUCGGGCGGCUCGGCCACGCCGGUGCCCAUCAAGGCCAAGGUGGCGAUCCCGAUGCCCGCGCGAGGCAAGCGGCUCCGCAUGUACCUGACGAUCCCCCUCCUCUCGGGCCGCGUCUACUUUGCGCGGGGCAACCUCGACUUCUUCAUGGUCCGGACGGCCAGCGGCGACGGCCUCGUGCAGCCGUCGCCGACGAACCUCCGCGACCCGAGCGCCGGCGUCAACUGGGGCUUCGUCGAGCUCACCUACACGCGCUACUGGGCCCUCUUCGCCAACAUCAGCUACGUCGACUUUGUCGGCUUCCUCCUGAGCAUCGGCCUCUCCGUCAAGGACGGGCGCGGCCGCCAGCUCACCAAGGGCCUCGGCGCCGGCUCCGUCUCCAAGAUCUGCGGCGGCCUGCUCCAGCAGCAGAGCCGGGACAGGUACCCGUGGGCCCGGCUCUGCGUCGCCGACGCCACCGGGACGCCGAUCCGCGUGCUCUCGCCCAACAACUACGCCGUCCUGCGGCCAAACGACUUUGAGGGCUACUGGAACGCCUACGUCGACCAGGUCUGGGCCCGGUACGCCAAGGCCCCGCUGACCGUCAACACGCAGUCGGCGGCGGGCAAGGUCAAGUGCCAGCUCUCGGGCCGGCUGCUCGUCUGCGCCGGCGACAGGCGCGGCUUCGAGAAGCCGACGGCCAAGGACAUCUGGGGAUGCAACAGCGGGCCGUUUGCCCGGAGAGCCGACGACAGCGCCGUCCGCCUCGCCGUCAUCCCCCGUCUCUGCGCCGCCUUUGUCCGCUCGACGCUGCUGCUCGCCGGCGGGAACGUCCAGCCGGCCGUGGCGGCGUCUCGCUACUACACGGUCAACCCGACGAGCCACUACAGCCGGCUGAUCCACCACUACGAGCUCGACGGCAAGGGGUACGCCUUUCCGUACGACGACGUCAACCCGGACGGCAGCGAGGACGCCUCGGGCACGGUGGCGUCGCAGGCGCCCGACGUGCUGACCGUCUACAUCGGCGCACCGCCAUCGUGA